AUGGCUGCCGCCCACUCCACCGCCGAACCAUGCAUCCCAAUGAAGCCCGUGGCUUCCCUCGACCGUCGCGAGACCCUGAAACUGCAAGCAAUGGAGGGCGUUGUCCGAAAGUGUCACUGCUUUGAUGGGGCCUUUGUCUUUGGUGGGUUCGUCAGGGACUACAUCGUCAACCAAGUCCUCCCAAAUGACGUUGACCUGAGCUUUAAGAACGUCGGGGACAUCACGACCUUUCUCCGAAUCCUCAGCGAGCUUUACGAGAUUGAUCAGGUCGAGAAGCACGCCGGGUACGGAUGGGGGAUGCGGCGCUUCGAGACUUGGAAGGCCCGUGUGGGAGCUUAUGGGGCAGACGGGGGCGUUGUUUACUUCACGGUUGACCUGGUGUCUGGCGCGAAGGAGGAUAUGGCGUCUAGCUUGUGCGACUUCACGUGCAACAUGCUCUCCCUGUCCCGUACCGGCAUCGAGCUCGUAUCCGUCCCCCCCAGCCUGCACCUCCGCUCCUCCCCGAUACAAGACGUGCUCUCUGGCAUAAACGCCCGGGAAUUCUCGGUGGUGGAAGGCAAGGUGACGCUGCUCCAGUCAGAGGUUGGGCCUUACGCUGCAAAAGUUUGCAGACGCGCCAGCGUGAUGGUCCGCAGGGGCUGGCAUAUGACGAGAGGGAAGACUUUUCAAGCUUUCCUUGUCGAGGGUCCUGAGGCCCGCGCAGAGUGCUCGAUCUGCACCUCUGAGUUUGAGAGUGGUGAGGUUGCAAUCCAGACCAUAUGCCACCACCAUUUCCAUGCAACGUGCAUCUCAAAGUGGUUGCUCGAGGGCCGCAGCACCGUCACCUGCCCGGUGUGCCGAGAGGAGCACUUUAUGAUGCCAGCCGCAUCCAUCGCUUUGACCAAGCCAGCCAAGCCCGCAGAGGCAGACGAGGCUGACACGGACGAGGACGAGGACGACUCAGAUUACGACCCCGAGGAUGACGAGAACAACGUAUUGAUCCACGAACGACAAAAGAAACGGCUCCGUAUUCUCUACGACUCCAUUCUAAGGGACUGCACUACAAAGAUACGGCAUGCUGCGGAGUUGAAAAAGCUGAAGAUCCUGUACGAGCUCCCCCUGAUCCAGGAGGGUCUGCCCCUCUAUGAUGUGGCAUCCUGCAAGCGCUACCUGGUGAAGGCGCUGGCGGCCCAAGGGUUUGACUGCUCGGACGCUGGCGGGACGAGAUUCAUCACGAUCAGCUGGAAGAAUGCUAUAACACAGAAGCAAAAGGUCAGCCACGUCGAGAGGGGCCAACAGGCCGCAGAUCCAGGGAAAGCAAAGGUGCAGAAAGAGGAGGCCCCGCCUCUUCCCCCGAUCCUCGGGAAGGACGACCUGUUCGCCCUGCCAUCAAUCAAGGGCCUGCAGGCAACCGCAAAGAUGCUACGAAAGUGA